AUGGUGAACUUCACGAUUGACCAGAUCCGUGUCCUUAUGGACAAGGUUACGAACGUCCGUAACAUGUCCGUCAUUGCUCACGUCGAUCACGGAAAGUCCACCUUGACCGACUCCCUUAUCCAGAAGGCCGGUAUUAUCUCCGCUGCCCGUGCUGGUGAUGCUCGUUUCAUGGACACCCGUGCCGAUGAGCAGGAGCGUGGUAUUACUAUCAAGUCUACCGCUAUCUCCCUUUACGCUGAGCUUACCGAGGAGGACUGCAAGGAUGUCAACCAGAAGACCGACGGUCAAGAGUUCUUGAUCAACUUGAUCGACUCUCCCGGUCACGUUGACUUCGCCUCCGAGGUCACUGCUGCUCUCCGUGUUACCGACGGUGCUUUGGUCGUUGUCGACUGUGUUGAGGGUGUCUGUGUCCAGACCGAGACUGUCUUGCGUAUGGCUUUGGGUGAGCGUAUUAAGCCCGUUGUCAUCAUCAACAAGGUCGACCGUGCUCUUCUCGAGCUCCAGAUCAACAAGGAGGACCUUUACCAGUCCUUCUCCCGUACCGUCGAGUCCGUCAACGUCAUCAUCUCCACCUACUUCGACAAGGCCCUCGGCGACAUGCAGGUCUACCCCGAGAAGGGUACCGUUGCCUUCGGUUCCGGUCUCCACGGAUGGGCUUUCACCGUCCGUCAGUUCGCCGUCAAGUACGCCAAGAAGUUCGGUGUUGACCGUUCCAAGAUGCUUGACCGUCUCUGGGGUGACAACUAUUUCAACCCCAAGACCAAGAAGUGGACCAAGACCGCUACUGGUGCCGACGGAGCCCAGCUCGAGCGUGCCUUCAACAUGUUCGUUUUGGACCCUAUCUUCCGCAUCUUCUCUGCUGUCAUGAACUUCAAGACGGACGAGAUCCCCAAGCUUUUGGAGAAGCUCGAGAUUACCUUGAAGUCCGACGAGAAGGAGCUCGAGGGUAAGGCCCUCUUGAAGGUCGUCAUGCGCAAGUUCUUGCCCGCUGCCGAUGCCCUUCUCGAGAUGAUCGUCAUCCACCUUCCUUCCCCCGUUACCGCUCAGGCGUACCGUGCUGAGACUCUUUACGAGGGUCCCAUGGACGAUGAGUGCGCUAUCGCCAUCCGUGACUGUGACCCCAAGGGUCCCCUCAUGUUGUACGUCUCCAAGAUGGUUCCCACCUCCGACAAGGGACGUUUCUUCGCUUUCGGUCGUGUCUUCGCCGGUACCAUCAAGUCCGGUUUGAAGGUCCGUAUCCAGGGUCCUAACUACGUUCCCGGAUCCAAGUCCGACUUGUUCGUCAAGUCCGUUCAGCGUGUUGUCCUCAUGAUGGGUUCCAAGAUUGAGCCCCUCGAGGACUGUCCCGCCGGUAACAUCGUCGGUUUGGUUGGUAUUGACCAGUUCUUGUUGAAGUCUGGUACCCUUACCACCUCCGAGACCGCCCACAACUUGAAGGUUAUGAAGUUCUCCGUUUCCCCCGUCGUCCAGGUCGCCGUCGAGGUCAAGAACGCCAACGACUUGCCCAAGCUUGUUGAGGGUCUUAAGCGUCUCUCCAAGUCCGACCCCUGUGUCCUUACCUUCAUCUCUGAGUCUGGUGAGCACAUUGUUGCCGGUGCUGGUGAGUUGCACUUGGAGAUUUGUUUGAAGGAUCUCGAGGAGGACCACGCUGGUGUUCCCCUCAGGAAGUCUCCUCCCGUCGUCGCCUACCGUGAGACCGUCACCGGUGACUCCUCCAUGACUGCUUUGUCCAAGUCCCCCAACAAGCACAACCGUAUCUUCAUGACUGCUCACGCUUUGGGUGAGGAGGUCUCCGUCGACAUUGAGGCUGGUAAGAUCAGCCCCAAGGACGACUUCAAGGCUCGUGCCCGUAUCCUCGCUGAUGAGCACGGCUGGGACGUCACUGACGCCCGUAAGAUCUGGUGUUUCGGUCCCGACACCGCCGGACCUAACCUUAUGGUUGACCAGACCAAGGCCGUUGCUUACCUCAACGAAAUCAAGGACUCCUGUGUUGCCGCCUUCCAGUGGGCCACCAAGGAGGGACCCCUUGCUGAGGAGAACAUGCGUGGAUGCCGUUUCAACAUCCUCGAUGUCGUUCUUCACGCCGAUGCCAUCCACCGUGGUGGAGGUCAGAUCAUCCCCACUUGUCGUCGUGUCAUCUACGCCUCUUCUCUCCUCGCCGAGCCUGGACUCAUGGAGCCCGUCUUCUUGGUCGAGAUCACCUGUCCCGAAAACGCCAUGGGUGGUAUCUACGGUGUCCUUACCCGUCGUCGUGGUCACGUCUUCGCCGAGGAGCAGCGUCCCGGUACCCCUCUUUUCAACAUCAAGGCCUACUUGCCCGUCAACGAGUCCUUCGGUUUCACCGCUGACCUCCGUGCCGCUACUGGUGGUCAGGCUUUCCCCCAGUCUGUCUUCGACCACUGGCAGUUGUACCCCGGAUCUCCUCUCGACAACACUUCCUCCUGUGGUAAGAUCGUCACCGACAUGCGUGUCCGCAAGGGUCUCAAGGCUGAGGUUCCCGGACUUGACAACUACUACGACAAGCUCUAA